AUGGUUCUGCUUGCGGCCAUCGAUCAAGGAACGUCCAGCAGUCGCUUCCUCGUUUUUGAGGCUGACACUGGGGAGCUAGUGACAAGUCAUCAGAUCGAGGUGCGGCAGCUGUUUCCUGAACCGGGAUGGGUCGAAAUGGAUCCUAUCGAGAUUAUUAACACAGUCAAAGAAUGUAUCGUUAAAGUUGUCGAGAAACUUGAACGUCUCGGCAUUUCGCCCGAUGAAAUUAAGUCCAUCGGUAUAGCUAAUCAACCGAAAACUACUAUAGUAUGGGAUAAGGAGACGGGAGAACCUCUCCACAAUGCAAUCGUGUGGUUGGACAACCGCACUUCGGACCUCGCGGAAGAAAGCAUUGCGAGGACCAGCUCCAACUCUAAGGACGAAUUUAAGGAGAAAGCUGGGCUGCCGAUCCAUCCGUACUUCAGUGCUCUGAAGUUACGGUGGCUUUUUCAGAAUGUUGACGCUGUAAGAACGGCUCAAGAGAAUGGUCGAUUGCUCUUCGGCACUGUCGAUACUUGGCUCAUCUGGAAGCUGACCGGGCAACACGUCACAGAUGUGUCCAACGCUUCCAGAACGCUCCUAUUAGACCUGCGCAAGCGCCAGUGGUCAUCGCAGCUCUGCAGUUUCUUUGAAAUUCCCGCUAAUAUACUACCACAGGUCAAAUCUAGCGCUGAGGUCUAUGGCACCAUCGUUGAAGGCCCUCUGAAGGGUUUCCCCAUUGCUGGCUGCUUGGGCGACCAGCAAGCUGCAAUGGUUGGCCACAACUGUUUGAGAAAAGGAGACACGAAAAACACCUAUGGAACAGGCACAUUUAUGCUGACCAACAUUGAUUCCUCUUCACUAACGUAUCACCCAGCUCUAGCUCCUCUUUAA